UCUGCUUCAUCUUUCACUGUUUCUCAAACUAACUAUGUAUCAAAAAACACGACUUCGUCUCUAUCUGCUAUUACAGCUGCAACCGCUGACCUUCAACCGUCAUCAUCGACGCGGCCACAGUCUAUGGACGUUGAUCCGAACAAUGAAACGUCCCUUUUCGUCCCCAGAUAUACCUCUCGUAAACAACUUGGCCGCCUUCAAUUAACUAGUGAGGAGGAACUUAUUGCCACCCAAGUGUCAGAUAGAAUUGCUCAGAGCCUGACCUCCGAUCACAUUGGGGCUUUAUUCCCUGACGUGGACGCACCAUUUCAAAGCGCAGAAGAUGCUGUUAAUAAAUUGUUACCCUAUCACAUCUUCCAGCAUCCAAGGGAGGAUCUUGGCAAGGGGAAGUCCAAGGCCACUGAGAAAGAUCUCUUACGACAAGAGAUCGCAGAAACGAAGUUUGCCUUGGAAUGUUUCAAAAGAAAGAAAGCAUUGCAUGACCGAUUGAGACGUGCGCGUACCAGGUCUAGCCAGCGCAAUGUGCCCGACGAUCAAGGAUACUUUCUUGCCCAAGCUGUUCUUGACGCGGAUCGCAAAGAAACCAGUUCCUUGACCUCCCAGCUACGAAAUGCUCGCGCUGAGCUUGAUAAAAUUGAGCGUGAAAAACGCCUUGCUACUCUAGCGGCACGACCUACAUAUGCUACACAUCAGCCCACCACCUCCACCCCUGUUUACGGGCAUCACUACCGUGCCUAUCAGUACCCCUACGCGCCACCCUAUACGGUAGCACCCCAAAUGCAAAUGGCAUCUACUUCGACGUAUACACUUUCCACCGCAAAUUAUCCAACACCAGUAGCGCCGUCUCUAGCGUAUACACCCGCCCACUCACCACCCUCUCUGGCUCCAGCAGCCCCGCUCCCACAAAUAACUGGCGCUAUCCCUGUUCAGCUUCCUGUGUCCUCGCUUCCGACCCUUCAUGCUCUAGGCAUCAUCCCCGUUCCCGCCAAUUCUUUGUCACAGGUGCCAGCUGGUCAACCACCACCGGCUAUACUACGCGGUUCCUCUGCAAACGGCACACAGCUCAAUCUUGAAAUCAACGUGUCAUUGCUUCAGGCAGCACAAAUGAGUGGGCUAGCACUGGUACUCAAUUCAAUUAUGCGGGGCUCAACAACUUCUACCACUAGUCCUGCGUCAUCCAUAUCGACCACGCCGACCGUUCCGCCGACAGCGACUCCGGUUGCUUCACCAUACCUAAUCCCACCACAGUCUGCACGAGGAGAUUGUGCGCCACCUCUUACUAACAAUGGUACGCCGCCUGAUAAGGGCACAAAUCCUGGGGUAUAAGACGAAUCAUCACACGAUGCCGACUUCUUUUAGUUAGAGUACGGCUAUUUUUAUAUGAUAUUGCCAUCUUACAAUC